CGCCACCAGCAACACCAUUUGCCGACAUGCUCCGCGGCUCAUCACGACAUGGCGGACCUGCUGGACGUUUCUACACAAUCGAACAGUCUAUAAAUUUGUAGGUGGCCCACCCUGAACCACAUCACUCCACAUUAUACAUAUUCGUGCGUUAUCCUGGUAUUUCCUUAAUAUAUUUCAACUUGCCAGCCAGUGUCCUUGUCAACAUGAAGUCGGCUCACGUCUUUGUCAAAUCCGGGACAGACCUGGAAGUCAAAUUGCAGGACAUUGCAAUCCCGUCGCCGGAGCCGAACCAAGUCCUGAUCAGAGUCGUCGUCGCCGGGACCAACCCCAAGGACUGGAAGGUACCGCUAUGGAUGAAAGAUCAGUCCGGCACGAAUACUGGCGAUGACGUAGCCGGAUACAUUGAAGCUGUCGGCUCCAACGUUACCGAGUUCAAGGUCGGCGAUAGGGUCGCAGCAUUUCACGAGAUGAGAAAGCCGCAUGGCGCAUUCGCCGAAUAUGCCAUUGCAUGGGAGAAGACGACCUUCCACCUGCCGAAGUCAACGUCCUUGGAGGAAGCCGCCACGAUCCCUCUGGCCGGCAUGACUGCCGCUGUGGGACUGUUCUGUCGCCUCGGCCUGCCUGAGCCUUGGGUUGGCAGUGUCUCUCAAGCACGCAAAGACGCACUGGGAGGUGGUGUGCUUAUUUAUGGCGCAUCUUCAGCCGUCGGUGCCUUUGCAAUCAAGCUCCUUGUUCGUGCCAAGAUUCACCCCAUCAUCUGUGUCGCUGGCCGGGCAAGUUCUUUUGUCGAAGGCUUGAUUGAUAAGUCGAAAGGCGACACUGUCAUUGACUACCGUGGUGGCGAUGACAAGGUUGUCGCGGCAAUCAAGGAUGCUGUUCCAAGUGGUCAUAAGUUGAUGUACGCAUUCGACGCAGUCAGCGAGAAGGGCAGUUAUCAGCAGAUCGUCAAGGUACUCGACCCGAAGGGACACAUCACCUUGGUCCUUCCGGGACGGAAAUUCGAGGAGAUUCCUGAUACGGUCCACCAGACAUUGACAAGUGUUGGUUCCGUGCAUGGCGUUCCUGACGACCUAAGCGAUUUCGGAUACGCUUGGUUCCGCCUGUUCAGCUUAGGUUUGAAGGAGGGUUGGUUCAGUGGCCAUCCGUAUGAGGUUAUCCCAGGUGGCCUCAGUGGUGUACAACAAGGCUUGGAAAAUUUGAGAGAUGGAAAGGCCAGCGCAGUGAAGUACGUGUAUCGUAUUAACGAGACCGAGGGCGUGGACCGGAGUAAGAUUUGAAUCAAGAUAGAUGCCGUACCCAUAUGAGUGACCAGGUGCGAGGAGGCGCGAUGCCAAUGGUAGCUGGACGGAGUAAGUAGUCCCAACAGAAACAAGCUAUACAUAGCAAACGUGGUCAUGAUCGCCCG